UGUAUACCGGGAUACCACUGCAUCAAUAGUUAAAUAACUUUUUUCAAACAUUACCUCAAUUAAAUUUCAACACAUUUUCACGAUUGCUUAGCUCAGCGAUACUUCAAAACUGACAGUAAAGAUGGCUUCUCGAGAGGUAGUGUGGAGCGAACUGGUUUUUAUUUAUUUCUAUCGGUGUUUUUAUUUGUAUUUAUGGAACAAACUUGCACGUUGAAGAAUUUGGUCAACAUUCUGGUGUUUCCACAUUGCCGCGCAGUGACAUUCGGGUUUUACAAUCCAAUUCACAUCUCACCAGCAGUCUCGAACUUGUUGAAACAUACGGAGUAAAACAAACUUGUAUUGGAAGUGCCUACCAUCCUAAACCCAGCGGUGUUUUCCAGUCGCGAUGGCACUGUUACAUAAAAAGGCCUCAGAAAUUCCCGAAGACGCUGUUCGUUUGAGCGAGGAGGAUGCCAUUCAGUAUUUCUUGAAUUUGGUGAAAAACUGGGAAAACAAAUCCGAAGUCUGGCCAAUCGUAUACACACCCGGGAUACUUGGUGGCAGUACGGUGUUUUCCAGCUUUUAUAUUAACAAUUACUACCGGCGAGUGUUGAAGCUGGGCAAUUAUGGAAGGUUUUCCAGCUAUCUGCCAGCGGUUGCACUACCGGCCAUCAUGGCCACCGUUUUUCACUCUACGUUCGUGUUACCGGAUGUGUUGCUGCGCAAGGAACCGUGUCCUGUAUGUCUACAAACACGCGCUGCUGCAUUUCAAAGUGUUUUUGCUGUAGCUUAUCCGAUGAUGCUUGUUCCGCUCUCGUCGUUUAUGUUUGCCACUCGACAUUUCACCUAUCGACUACCAUCAAUCGUCGAGAAGCCAAAGGAAGUGUUGAAGCUGUAUAGAAAAUUGUCUGGACCUAUUAUGAUGCCGAUUACGAUUAUGCUAGCAUUUAACGUUGCUCUGACCAUUUUCUUAACCGGCAAAGAGUUCGAAACGGUGUAUAAUAUUAAUUUUAAGUUGCUUGAGAUAGAACGUCAAAUCGAGAACGAGGCCGUGUUUGUUGAUCAGCCUUAAAUAUAGUGUGAGAACUUAUAUGCUGUUAUUAAUUUUGUACAGUAGAACAAAAGCUUAACGAAAGGUGACGAGCUGACUGAUAGAACAUGUAGAUAAAGCCAUAGCGUAAAUAAAAAAUAGAUAGUUCUAUCGUA